UGCCCCGCGUGCUCAGCCCUGGCUGGAGCAUAUCCACAGCCCAGUGGAGUUCACACCCUGCUCCCUCCUCAAGCCCACGCAGAGAUCAGAGUCACAGCGGCCAGCAGGAAUGACCGUUUCCUCACCAGCAUCGCCCCUCUCAGAUGCCCCAGCGGGAAUGGAGCAUAGCUGGAGGGAGCCCACCAGCUCAACACCUCACAGUGUGGAACCACCCAGGGAGGAUAUCAUAUGGCAUCCUGCUGAGACCUCCACGCUCCUGCUGCCACCACGGAGCCCCAGUGGGCUGGAAGGGACAGUCAACUUCAUCCUUAGCAUUGGCAAGAAGGGGGAGAAGAAAAAGAUGCAGCCAGUGGCCAGCAGUGGGUGGCCAGGAGAGAAUUCGCUGCAGAUGGCGCAGGUGGAGGCAGGGAAAAGCUCCAGCGCGAAGCGGCCUCCUGCUGUUGUGCGUCGCCCCCCAGCAUCCGGCAGCAGGACACCAGCUGCCUCCCACACGCUGCCCAAGUCUGGGGCCAGCUCCCUCUUCAACAGCCUUCAGCGACGGGAGCGGGCGAGGGCUGAGCAGGCGCAGCUGCUGACGCUGCAGGGCAUCAUGGGCGCCAGCUCCCUGCAGCCCACGCUUGAGGAGCACCACGGCCCCAGCAACACGUGGCCUCAGAAGUGUGGCCGGAGGAAGGAGGGGCCGGCUGCUGCUGCUGCUGGAGCCCUGCCUGGGCAGCUGCUGCUCUACGUCAAGAAUCCGCUGGUGCGGGACAUUGAUGCUGAGUGUGGGGCAGCCUCCCGGGAUCCCUGCGGCCCUCACCCAAAAACUCUGUGUCCCCAGCUAUCUCUGGGCUCUACGCUCAGCCUGGAGCUGCCCCGGGAUGCCGUGGUCCUGGGGCGUCAACAAGAGGCCGUGGCCCAGGCGAAGAAGGCGGAGAGGCAGGAGCACAGGCAGGGCAGGGAAGUAAGGCCGUGGGUGCCCACAGGCCUGCAUGGGGCUGGAUGGCAGGAAGAGGUAGAUGUGGAUGGAUACAGUCCCCAGGAGCCUGACAGGAGGCUGGGAAAGUCCUCCAAAAGUGAGCAAGGAACAUGGUUCGAGGAGGUGAGCUUCAACCCUAGCUACAGCCAGCAAAGGGCACACCGUACUGAGGAGGAGCACUGGAGCCUGAGUCACCCCAGCAGUGCCAGUGAAAACCACCUAGACUUCAGGCUGAGACAGCUGUCCCUUGUCAGCAUGCUGCAUGAGCAGGAAGGGGAUAAGCUGGUUGCCCAGCUGGGUCAGGAUGGCAGGGCCAGGCAUCAUGAAGCCACUCGGCUAGAGCUUGGUCCAUCCCCUGCUGGCAUCCCAGGCAGGGCAGGAGCCAUUCCUGGCACUGCCCGCACACAGCAGUCAGAUGGCAGCAGCCAGCCUGGAGGGUCCACAGUUUCCCCUGACACCCCCACUCAGCUCUCUGCUUGUGAGUGGGCACUGGGGUCCCCAGAACCUCCCAAUCCUGUGUCCAGCACCAGGGAGGUUUGCCAUCCUGCCCACCGGCAGUUUGAGGAAGAGGAGGAGGAGCUGCAGGCCAUCUGGGAUGGAGCAGUUGAGCAACAGAUACCCAGCCUGCCAGCAGGCAGCCCCAAGGCCACCACCAGCAGGCCCCUCAUCCUCUCAUCAGCCAACAGCGUGCUAGUAGCCAAGUUCACCCUUCCCAGCACCACCCAGCUCCUCCACAGCCCACCGGGAGAGAAGAGCCCUGGCGUGGGGCACGGUGGUAGUGGCAGCCCCAGCAGGCACGUGGUGUCCCCCCGUGUGGAGGAGCUGGUGUCCACAGUCCCCUUGGAUGGCUCUGGCUCCUGGGAUCGACGGACGCAUGGGGAAGAGGAAAGAGAGUGCAGCAAGGUCCCUCCCAGUAAAACAGAGUUUCAGAUGAUGGAAGGGUCACUGGAAAGGAAGCAUGUGUUGCAGACAGGAGGGAGGAAGGCCAGCUGCAGGGCCUGGGGCCUCUUCCAUGCUGUGCUGAUGCGGCAGACGCUGUGCUUCUACCAGGACCGCAGGGACAGCCUCAAGAGCUCUGUGGUGGCCCUUCCCCUGAACCUUUCUGGGGCGGUCUGUACCCCAGAUGCCGAAUACACCAAGAAGACCAACUGCUUCAGGCUUCAGCUGCGGGAUGGCUCCGAGUACCUCCUGAGGGCCCCUUCCCAGACCCUCAUGAAUGAAUGGGUCUUCAAGCUGCAGCAAAACUCAGGAUUCCCAGAAGUGGAUUACUUCCAGGUGGCAACAGCACAGUGUGUCGAGGGCACUGGUGGUGCUGGGGGUUUCAGCAAGGUUCCUAGCCCCAGGAGCUCCCACCUCCAGGGACACCAUCAGGUCACAACCACCAAGAGCCAAGAGAUCGUGCUGCUACCUCGCUCAAACACCCAGCUGCAGCGGUCUCUGGGCAGCCAGGAUGGCAUAGAAGAUGGGGCUGUGGCAGCAGCAGAGGAUGCUCAUGGGGCUGGGCACAGGGAGCAGCAGUGGUCACCCAGGGGGUCUCCCGGGCUGUGGGACAAGAGCUGCCCAGAAGAUGACUAUGGGCUGGUGGCUAACAAGAGGAGGUCCUACUCCUUCACCUCAGCCACCUACCAGAAGAUUACCCCAGUGGCCAUGCCCAAGGAGCCAGUGGAGGCCGGGAGCAGCUACUCAGUCACACUCUAUAUUGGGGAGCAAACACCAGUCAUGCCCCGGGCACGCUGCCACUCCUUUGUGGCCCAGCCAGGGACCCCACGGGACACACCAGGGGAGAAGACCCCCACCCAACCUCGCCCCAAGAACAAGUCUGUCUUCAAGAAGUUCUUUGGGAAAAAGGAGUGAGCUGCAGCUGAGGGGGGAAAAGGCCCCAUCCUUCCCUUUGUCCUGCUCUCGGCUGCCAUCCUGGCAUGAUCUUUGCUCCCAGCACCAGCUCACUGCUCACCACCUCCCAGGGGAGGCAGGCAGUGGGCAAGUGGCUCCACACCAGCCAGCCCCAGGGCUGCACAGCACCCCAGCCUCUGCAGCCCCCAGGCUCAGCCUGGCGCUGAGCCCCACUCCUGCCCACCCACCGAGUGCUCUCCCUGGGUGCCACGGGCUUCCCCGGCAUCCUGCCAACACACAGCGCAAGCAGGGGGCUGGAGGGGGUUGUUUUUAUUAAAAAACAG